CUUGGACCACCAUAUCUGUCAGAUGUAUGGCUGAAAUAAUUAUAACAACAGAUCCAAUGCUAUCCCACAUUUUACUUCCCUUCACCUACCCGCAUACAUUUCAGCGACACAAGUCGAAAUUAUGACUCAGAAACUCAGCCAAGAUCAUCUCGAGUCCUUGACUAGACAGGACCUCCAGAUUCUCGCAAAAGAACAUGGAAUUCGGGCUAAUCUGGGUACCAAAGUUAUCAUCAACAAGUUGUUGGCUGUAUUGCCCGCUACUGCAGACAUCGAACCAAAAGAACGUCCUGCCGAAUCCAAUGCGAAUAAGCGAAAGAGAGGUGGCGACGCGAAGACUCCACAACCCCCCAAAGCUUCAUCACGGACAAAGAGUGCCCCUGUAGUUGCCACGAACAAGAAGGGUCCUGCGCCUCCACCAAAACGUCGACGAGUGGCUGAGCCCGACAAAUCAGUGGCACGGCCCAUCCAAGCAGCGGCCCGGGACAAGAAAUCGCGCGCGCGACCCGUAGAUACUGCAGUCCACGUCGACGAAGACUCCCCCAACACCAUGCAGGUAAACGUGAGAGGACAACUCGGGCACCACGCAGAAAACAACAGCAAACGACACCAAGAGCUUGUUGAGCUGUUCAAGCUCAUCAAUGGAAUGCAGAAGAACGUGAUCAAUAUGCAACCUGAGCUGGCACACCACGCGCACGUCCGGGAGGUGGUUGAAGAAAUGCUGAUCGUCCCCAUGAAGGAAGACAGGACGUUGGUUGAUGGGAGUGCUUUUAUGGCCCCCGGGGCUGCGAAAAAGUGGAGAGAAUGGUUCCACGAGAAUAUCAGCUAUUCGGAGACUCGCACUCCAGAGGAGCAAGCCGCUCGUCGAGAACGCAAACGACAGAAGAAACAGCACAACCGCAAAGAGGCGACUACUGUUCACCCAGACGACGAUUGGAGCACCGACGACGACCCAGGUCCAUCAUCCUACAAACCCGACUACGAUGCAAUCCAGGCUGAACUGGAGGAGCAGCGAUUUCGCGAGAGAAUGUCCAUGGCGUUCGCCGACGAUGAACGGCUGGACUCGUUAGAGGCGCGGUUCAACGAUUUUGCACAUGUCCCAAAGAGAUGGGGCGGUGACUCUGCCAGGCCCCUGUACGACGACGACGGCGAUUUCAUGAAACUCGAUCCCAGGUACAUGGAUGAUGAGGAGUACGCAGAAUGGAUUCGGGCUGGGAUGUACAAGAAAACCCAUGCUCAGGAACACGAGGAAGCACGACGUCGCAAGGCAGAAAAGGCAGCCAGCCGUGCUCGAGAGAAGGCUGCAAAAGAAGAGAGUCGGCGCCUUGAGCGCCAGAUGGAGGAAGAGCGUCGGCAGAGGAGACGCGAUAGAGAUAUCUGGCGGCGGGAGCAUUCAAGGCAGGCAUACGAAUCUCGGUGGAAGGACCUCCUCUCCAUGCCUCCUGCCCAUCUCCACUUUGACGAUAUCCCCUGGCCCGUCGUUGUACCACGCUCGUCCGUGGCGGUCGAGGACCUUACUCCCGAAGCAGUGUCUCUUUUUCUUUUCUCAGAAGAGACGAAGAAGGAGAGGAAGGAUAAGCUCCGUGAAACGUACCUACGUUUCCAUCCCGACAAGUUUGAGAGCCGUUUGAUGAAGCUUGUCAAGCCUGGCGAGCAGGAGAAAGUCAGACUAGGCAUGGGCCAGGUCGUCCGGAUACUCAACGACCUGAUGAAGCAGGGGGAUGGGUAGAAUGUGUAUAAUUUAAAUAAUGAAUUAAGGCGUCUACGUU